AUGCCGCCGAUAAAAAGGAAGUCCUGGAACCACGAUGCUAUGAUAAGGGCCGUGGAUGCAGUGCGAAGCAAGGGAAUGGGUUAUUUAAAGGCGUCAAAACACUUCGGUGUGACUAAGGGUACCCUAGAACGUUAUGUGAAGCAGGAUGCCGAGGCAGAAGUGCUUGUUAAAGUUUGCAUGGGGAGACCUCCAGUUCUGCCUGACUAUUUAGAAGUAGAGCUAGGAAAGUAUUGUAAGGAAUUAGACCAACGAUUUUAUGGGUUACGUCUGAAGGACAUCAAGUACAUGGCGUUUCAAUUGCCUAUGAUUAAUCUCAAACAUACUUUCAACUUGACUUAA